AUUGUACGAGCUCCAUAUCUGCACUUAGAAAAAGAUCUGAAGAGCUUAAAACAUGUUCUGGAAAUGAAGAACCAUCAGAUUCACCAACAGGAGAAGAUGAUUAUGGAGCUAGAAAAACAGGCUGAAAAAAAUUUAAAACUGGAAGAAAAAAUCACCAUGCUGCAACAGCAGAAUGAAGAACUCACGGCCAGGAUUGAGCAAAAUACUGUCAUAACAAGGCAAUUGUCAGAGGAGAAUGCUAAUCUUCAAGAAUAUGUUGAGAAAGAAGUGGAGGAGAAGAAGAAGCUGAGCAGGACUAAUGAAGAGCUCCUCUGGAAGCUGCAGGAGGGAGAUACCGUGAGCCCCGUGAAACUGCCACCCGCAUCGUCCACUUCUUUUUAUCGCUGCUCAUCAGGGAACUCUUCUCCAGCAAAAGUCAGAACCUUGCGGCGAUGA